AUGCUCAUCCCGUCACUAUCGUUAGGUGGGGUCGGUGCUUCCCCGGUCCAUCCACAGACAGCAGCGCCUGGCCGAAGUCGCGAUGCUAACGGCGGAAGAGGAAGUAUCGAAUUUGAAAUUACUGGAUCCACAACCUCACUGGAUCCACCAGCCAAGCAGCAGGGGUUGCAUCGAAUUCGAAAUUACUUGUGGUCUUCCAACCGAAAUCCCUCGCAUUCAUCUACGACGCCUCAUUCUCCUGUGCCGAUAAGAGAGGGUUUACCGUCACAAAUCUCAGCUCCUCCGGUGACUGAAAGGAGGCUUCCAAUCGUCGGCUUUACUUCGACCUCGAGGUGCACCACCGCCGUCCGUAACUCCAUCUGCAAUCGAGAACUUGACUCCCCGUUAAUGGGCCAUCUGAAGCAGCAAAAAAGGGGGGCUUCGCCAGGGGGGGGGGGGGGAACGGUGGAGGAAGACCACUAG